AUGCGGAGGACUCUGUUGAUGGUCGCCAUCUUGGGCGACGUCCUCCAAAAAGCGCCGAUUCUUGCCGAUGCUGCGAGUGCUUUUCCCCUCGUCGCGGGUCCCAACUGGCUCGGAAUCGACGGUUCUUGGUCGACUUUCGACGUCCAGGUGGGCACGAACACCAUCCAGACACUUUCCCUCACCGUCAGCACCGCUCUGUCCGAAGUAUGGAUCAUCGAGAACACUGGUUGCAGCGCCAGUCCGCUCUGCACCGCAGCCAGAGGUGGCACGUUCAACAUUUACACGUCAAACAGCUGGCAGUCCCUCGGGACUUGGGAGCUUGGACUGCCAGAUCUGGCCAUGGGAGGCAAUGGCGAUUACGGCAUGGAGGCUCUCGCGUUCAACAACCAGGUUGACGGAACUGGCAAGACGCUCAUGGUCGAUAGCGCCCUCGUUGCUGCCAUCAACGAUACCAGCUUCUACACGGGAUUCAUCGGUGUCGGCGCAACGCAAGGAAGCUUUGGCGCCAAGGUUGUCAACCCCCUCAUCUCCCAGCUCGCCGAGUCCUAUGGUGAAAUUCCAAGCCACAGCUACGGCUAUACCGCUGGGGCACAGUAUGUCGGCGACAAAGGCACGCCCGCCUCCCUUGUUCUGGGCGGCUACGAUGCCAACCGUUUUGUGCCACAAAGCACUACAUUCAGCAUGGCCCCAACGACACGCAUCCCGCAGGCGUUGAUCCGCGGCAUUAUCGCUAGCGUUCCGGCAAUCGACAAUGCGCCUACCAAGUGGCCUUCUACGUCUCAGACGCUGCUCAACAUGAACGAGUCCAUCACGGCGACAAUUGAUACUUCAACUCCGUACUUGUGGCUUCCCGGCCUCAUUUGCGACCGCUUCGCCAACAGUCUCGGGCUGACUUGGAAUGAAUCCUUUGGCUUGUACACAUUCAAGAACGACAAAACGUAUAAUGACUUCUUGACUGGGACCACCUCCCUCUCGCUGACAUUUGUCUUGUCGAGCAUUGACAACAUGGAUAACUUCGGAACGCCCUGGGACACUGCCGGAGUAGUCAACAUUACCAUCUCGUCAAAGGCAUUUGCUCUUGCUCUGGGCUAUCCCUUCAACUCUCUCAUCAAAUACGGCGAUCCUCGCGUUGCCUACUUCCCCUUACGGCGUGCCAACAGCCAGACGAAUGGGGGCCAGGCUGUCAUCGGGCGCGCCUUCAUGCAGGAGGCCUAUAUCAUAACAAAAUAUGACGAGCAGGUGUUCUCGUUGCAUCAGGCCCUCUUCCCGAACAAUGCGCGAACCAACAUGAGCGUUAUUGAUAUAGAAAGGAGCCCCAAUAGUCCAUUCCCGGCCUAUACGGGGCCAUCCGACCAGGGAGGUGGAUUGUCAAAAGGGGCCACGGCCGGCAUUGUGGUAGCAGCCUUUGUGACGGGAAGUGCGAUAGGUCUCAUUCUUUGGUGCUGCUUGAGGAAACGAAAGAGAGAUGCGAAGAGGAGUACAUCAUCGCACAGUGGAGAUGAGAGCAAGGAUGCCGAGUCUUCCGUCGGAUCAGACACGCCGAGCAGCCCCCUCGAGCGGAUCUUCUCCUUUAUUAUCAAGCGGAAGAAGUCGAGGAAACCAGUCGCCCAUGAGGUGUCUGGGGAUAGAGACCAGCCAGUCGAGGUUGGUGCCGAUGCGUCGCACCAGAUCCACGAGCUUGCCGUGCCUCCUGAACCAGUCGAAUUGGACAGCUCGAAUGAUGCUGGCUUCGGCGACGACACUACGGAGCUAGGGACCGAAGGGUCCGAGAACCUGAGUCCGUACGAAAUUGCCCGGCGCAAGAUGUUCAGGCAACUCCAGGGUCCAGUCCCGACUUAUACAGCGACGACGCAAGAGCAUACCCAUUCCGACGAGAAGACGGAGCAGGAUGUGAGCCCUGUUCCUCACUAUCGGCCAGGAGAAGAUGCUUCGCCGGUAUCAUCGCAUUCGGACGGCCACAACACAUCCUUACCAAACACUCUUCCGUCGCCCAUGACGCCCCGUGGGGACUGGACGAACCGCUUUGACUUGCCAUCGCCCAUGACGGUGGCGCCUCCAGGUCUCUCGCCCUCGUUCCCUCCUGGCAGUAAUUCCGACCCCAGCUCUACAUACUCAGGCCGUGGACCACCUUCCCCAUUGUCCCCGCGGAGCCAUGACCCGUCUUCAACAAGCGGCUCGACGUCGUCGAAGGACGGUACGAACACGGUACCUGUCCCGCCCUCCCCCGUUUAUCAAAGGACACCGAUCGACCCAAGCCGGGUCAUAUGCCUCGGACCUCUCCCGGAGAAUGUCCAGCUCCCGCAGCAUCAGUCAUCUGUCCCCUCGACACCACGCCGCGUGGACACGGAUGGCGAUCACAUCAACUUGGCGAACAGGAGCGACGAGCCUUCUGAGCCAUCCCCGACAUCACCCACGCGGAGGUCGACAGACACCCUGGGCAGUGAUUUCACUGUGGACGAAGAGAAUCAUGUUCAUGGAGGGGAGGCCACAGCUCAAACAGGCACCCGUGCCCAGGAGGGCAGCACAGAAGCUGCAAACGGGGCUGGGCGGAUUGAUACCGGUUCAGAACUCAUCCACGUGCCACAGCUUGCUCACCGGCGGUACAGUUGGGAAGAAGACAGGUGA